UGCCGUUUUGGUGAACAACCAACCACGCAACUUUCUCAGGUCUUUUUGGGACAGAUUUGGACGUUCACGUCCCUCCGGAGCUCCUAGAUCCUCCGAAUCACAACAUUUUCUUGUGCACACCCUGUAUUUUGCCUUGGAAGCCAGUAAAAGCCAAACCUCUACCUACUGUUUAUAUCAUUGUGCCGCAAAUUUUGAUUAGGAUUACGAAGAGUUCUGUAGAGAUGAAUGCUGGACCUGUUUUGGAGAUGUAUCGACAGUCUAUAUCCAUAAUGAUCCAUAUGAGUUAGUGGAGUUCAUGGUGACGCUUGCCAGCUCCCAUAAACGACGGUUCUGAAUGCUGCUGCAGAUGGUAUCUCGACCAGUCGAACCUGACUGAAGUAGUUUGAGCGAGAGGGAAGACUGCUUUGCUGUGGGAGUUCGACAAAUUUAGCUAGUUUAGCCGGCAUAUUAUCCGGCCAGGACUUUUGGUGUCCUUGGCCAAUGUGUUUCCUGCCGUAAUGACGCCUUCGCCAGGACCUAUCUGGCUUGGCGUGGCCCCGUCGGUUCGUGGAUCCGUUUUGCUGUUGGCUCUGGCAUUCGCAGCGUGUGUGUCCAGUCAGGAGGAGCCAUGCCCCACACAGCCGCCAGUAGGCCCUUGCCCGGCCGGGUUUCUGAAGAACCCCGGUACGGAGCAGUGCGAGGACAUUGACGAAUGCCAGCCGGGCACGGCUCCCGAGAGUGCUCUGAGUGUGUGUAGCAUGAGCACGGGACCAUGUCGGAACACGCACGGAUCAUACUACUGUGACUGCACGGCGGGCUAUGAGCGCACUGUGAACGGCACGUGCCGAGACACGCCCGAGUGCCUUCGCUACCCGAACAUCUGUCGGCCCGGCGGCGCCUGCAUAGACUAUCCCGGCGGGUUUCGCUGCAACUGCUCGAGCGGUUACAUGCUCACCGCCGACCAGAUGUCGUGCAGUGACUUUGACGAGUGCAGUGAGACCGUGUCGCCGUCCAGCUGCUUCAGCCACGAGAUCUGCCUCAAUAGCAUGGGCUCGUUCGUGUGCCACGCGCCGCAGCGGGUGUUCCUGGGUACAUCCCCGCCGAGCGGGGAGACUACGUGCACCGACGUCUCGUUGAUGAACAUCAUAGUGUAUGUAUUGAGUGGUGUCUCAGCAUUACUCGUCGUGGCACUCGCCUACAUGACGUAUACCAAGUGGAAGCUAGUCGAUGCAUUCAAAGGUACAAGUCGCCGCAACCUGAACCUGUUUGGCACGCCGGUGACGUACAACGACGGUGACGGUGAUGCUGACGUGGACAUACGCCUGGCCAACGGCCAGGUCGUCAACGUGCCGUACGACCAGCUCGUCACGUUCUCGCUCAACGAGGCUCCCAGCACCGGCGUCGAGCGCCACUCGUCCAAGCGAAAGCGUAACCGCUCCGCGUCCGGCGUCGGAGUCAGCAAGCAGUCCAACUCUGUGCAGCCGAGCAGCUCCGACUUGAAGUCGUUCGCCAAGCGGCGGCGCUCUCGGGCGAGUCGUAUGUCCGCCAAGUCUGAGUGCAGUGAUAGUGGUGAUGUAACUGACGUUGAUGAGAACACGCUGAACACGGAUCCCAACGAGAUUCGCCGCUGGUCGCAGCUCUCCAGCAUACAGAGGAGCAUGCGCUGCGAGUGGCAAACCAUGGAGAGUACGGUGGACAACAUACCCGCUGGCACCGUGCAGUCCAGCACACUGGACUUUACCAAGGACGCGGCGGGACGCUCGUCUCAGCACGACUUCUACGAGGACAUGCAGCUGCGCCGCCAGGUCAAGAUCUGCGAGCUCUGCUUCAACGACUACGAGGUGCUGCGCAAGAUCGAGAACGGCCUGGCGCACUGCCUACACAACGUGAGCAGCGCCACCUCCCUGUACGCGCUGGUCAAGCCGCCCACCUCGACGCGCUCGAUAUCCGACGGGCGUCAGAGCCACGACAUGACGCCCGCCACGCAGGUGUCCACCGAGGCCGUGACGAGCGCGCGGCACUUGACGCUGGACGAGGACAUGAGCACCGUGGACAUCAGCGACGCGUUUCCGUUGACGACGCGUCGCUGCUCCUACCCUGUUCCGCCGAUGCCGGACAUCGUCAUCGAUCGCUCGCGCCCUUCGAAGUGCGUCCGCAAGCGCAGCCAGUCCGAUGUCAUCAUGUUGACGGCGGCCGAAUCCGGUGGCCCGGAGAUCUGCAUGGCCAAGGUAAACGCGGCGAUCGACGCCGAGCUCAACCUGUGGGGUUCGGACAUUCCGCCGGCCUCGCCGCCCGUCCUCCGCAGCACGCACAGCCUGCUGACGGACUGGGUAGAGUCGCCUGCAGCCUCCGGCGGCGACGGUGGCGUGGAGGAUGAGAAGACCAGCAGAAUGUCGACGUCAUCGCAGCAGGGGCGCCGCCUGCUGUUUUCCCGGACCUCGAACAAGCCACUGUCCUCCGAGAGCUUCAGCGUAUCCAGCUACACCAGCUCGAACAAUGGCCUGCAGCGCACGCUCUCCAAGCGACACAUCCUGAAGCGCCUCUUCAGCGUACGCAGCUCCAAGUCCAUGAUGGACUUUAACCCAGUCGGCCGAUUGCCGUCCGGUGUCGAUGAAAGUGCAAGCAUAAGCGCGACGACAUCGCCACCACAGCUGGAUACACAAUCUCUGGACGGUGCCCUAACGGAACCGCCGCUGUCAACGGCAAUGGACCUGUCGGCGACCGACCUGGCCAAGAUGAAUCCCCUGGUGUUGAAUAGCGUGACGUCGCUGAAGCAGAAGUCGCUCUUCUUCGACUCGACCGGGGCAAUGUUCAGUGCCACUGCCGGGCUACCUCCGUCACAGCCAAUGCUGGAGGUGUUCAACAACAAGAACCGUGAACAAGAUACCGGAGGAGUGACUGCCAACUCGGCCACGUCAUCGGUCGCCUUGGACCGGCCCAGCAACCUGAACAUGUCUGGUGGCAAGGUGCAGGGGACAUCCCCUUCGGCUAGGCUUCACGGCAGGACCGCCGGCUUCGGAGGUGGUGGCAGAGACGACCACCGCACGGCGUCGUGCGUGUCCUCAACGGCUCAGAGUCCCGACACGCAGGCGUCUUCCACCACGGUGUCGCCGUUCAGCAGCCUGGGCCGCUCGCCCGGAGUGUCUUUCUCGGCCAACACAUCGCGCGACUUUCUGAUCGGCGACCGGCGGAUUGCUGCUGGUGGUGGCAGUGGCGGUAACGAUGAGCUGUCGCUUGAUGGCGAGUACGUGGAAUGUGAGCCGGCAGGGUACGGACAGCAGCAACAGCAGCCGUCGGUGACCGGUAAUCGUAGCCAGUCUGAUGAGCAGGGCCAGGAGGGCGAGUACACCUCUGCCUACGUGCUUAACGAAAGUCUCCGCGGCCAGCACGUGCAGACGCGGGGUCUCAUGUCGUCCGCUGCGAGCACGUCGGACGCCUGGAACACUGAUCGCAAGGCGUCGCACCCGGCUGACAGCCGCACCGCCAGUCAAUCGGGGCUUCUAUCAUGCCCGCGCCCCCGCAGCACGGAAUACGACUACUGUCGGGUGAUGCUGCCGAAGAAGAACGGUCCGCGGCGUCGAGAUGCCAGCACUGUCGAAGGCAGCCUCGGCGGUGCUGCUGGAGCCAACAGGCAGCCUGGCUCCCUGUUGCGGAGUGCUAGCGUUACCCAGCUAGGCACCGACAGCAUUGGCAGAGCGAGCACCUUGUCGUAUCUGGACCUUCUUUGCAGUAAAAUCGGCGACGGUGGCAGUAUUUCCGCUGCGAAAAGAGGUCAGCGCGUCGUGUCGGCAGAUGACUCGCACAUCUCUCUUACCAACAACAAGGAGAGCGAUGGAAACCUUGCCUGGUUGAGCGAGCGACCGAGAACCGUGCGUCUGCCGAGCCCUCCCGGCGAGAACUCGCCUCUGCGGAACAUGUCUAAUUCUCACACGGUGACGUAUUCGCUCUGUGGACAGCUUCCAUCGCCGCUAACAAAUAGCAGUGCGGCACUCUCCGUGAACCCGCUGCUGCCACGGUCAGCAUUCGCUAGCGGAGAACUGCAGGCUGACACUGGCAGCAAGUCGUCCUCCAGCAGCAAUUCCAUUGACCCGCACAGGUGCGCAUCACUUUCGAGCAUUCCUCCACAGAGCAGCCAAGCACAGCAGCAGCGAAAGGCCGCACUGCCCGCAAAUAUGCCCUCCGUGCACGUCCAGCCCUCUAGCAGCAACACUGUCGUGAUGAGUAGCAUCCGGUCGCCGCUACUGCUCAAAAACAUCAGCAGUGUCUCAUCCACGUCGUCCGACACCAGCUCGGUUCAUUCCGACAUGACGGCCUUGUCAACAGACUUAGGCGCGCCGUAUCAUUUGCCCUCGGGUCACUUGAGUGAUUCAGGCACGGAUGGUUAUCGAACAGAAGAGGACACCCUAGCCACACCUCGAUCUCCCAUGCCACUGAGUUCCUCCAGCGGCCAGCAUGCAGCCACACCCAGCGAUGCUGCGCAGAGGCCGACCAACAGCACCUCGUCGCACCUGGCUGCAGCGGGUGGAGGCAAAGGCAUGCAUCGGGCACGCUCGGACGAUUACGAGCACAUCGUGCACAAACUGUUACCCGCUAGCAAUGCUCACGGAGGCGGCAGCAGCGGUGGCGGCAUGCCCAGCUUCUUGCACACGGGAAACGAGGAGAGCAGCGAUCCCGGCUUUCGCCCUCGCACCUACAGCAGUCGUAAGACGAGUGCAUUCCCGCCACGUCCUGUAUUCAUCCAGCAAGACUGGAAGCAGCAGCAGCCACAGCAGCAGGCGCCGGAACAGCAGCAUUCCGUCGCUUAUUCCCGCGUGCACUCAACCAGCACGGUAAACGGCAGCACAAGCACACUAAAGCCUAGCGAGUCGCAGUACAGCACGGACUCGCCACCUCUCAUGACCGUCCACCUGAGAGAGGACUCACUGGAGAGCUGCGAAGCCGUGCUGACGGCCGUGAAGCCGAACGUGUUCCGGGUGCGCUCGAUCGACUUUCUAGCCCAGCAGGGUGAAUCCGACGUCUACAGCAACCUCCCGGGCAGCACGGGCGCUUCUAACGGUAUAGACACUGGCACGCAGAGCAGCACGACAAUCACACCGACUUCGCAGCAACUCUGCGUAGCACCAUCGCCGGUGUCUUCUCGGCGCGGCAGCAGCAGUACGCUGGACAUCGGGCUGCGCGGCAUGAAGUCAGACUCCCUGACGUCGUCGUGCAGCGCCGAGCGCUACCGCAUGGUGUAUGCACGCGAGGACGGCGCCCAGCGGCUGGCCACGGCCGCCAUCCUGGACAGCCCAUGCCUCCGCCAUCAGGCACCACCGGCACAGGACAACCAGGACAACGUGUACGGGACGGUGUUCACCGUACCGGCUGGCAAGGCGCCCGCCCUGACCAUGGCACUCCGACGCCAGUCCCAGUCUCCAUCGGCGUUCCCCGUCGUCGCCGCCGGCAGCAGCCCUGCGACGCACCCGCCAGCCACCGGUGUUCAGGAACGAUUCAUCGCCAGCGUUCACAACACGAAUACGAACGCACCGAACAGUCUCGCCCCUCUGCUGGAACAGCAGCAUCUUCGGCUCGCUCUGCUCACUCCCCGUGAGGCACGCGACUCUACUACCGAGGACGAUGCGUAUGGCCAGGAAAGCGGAGAGGAAGACGAGCCAGACAGCGUUCUCAGCACUCCGCCGGAGUUGGACGAGACCCAGCUGGCGCCCACAAGCUAUCUCACCCCGCUGGAUCUACUGUCCGGCCAGGUGCGCCUGACCGGCUCGCACAAGAUGAUGCGCUUCGUCACCAGCAUCCCCGACAAGUCCGAUCUGCUGCGUCUCAUGCAUGCGGAGGAGCAACUCGAGUCCUCGCCGCCUGGUGAUGCCGUCGAACUGGAAAGCUGCGCCGAUUACAUCUACUACCCGUUUGACACCGUACAGGUUAGCGACAAGAGCAAGUACAUCGAGACUAGCCACAUUCGUCACGUCUCGCCCAUGUCCCGCUGCCCGUCCAGCGACCGGCUCUCCACCGCGUCCGGAUUGUCCUCGUACUCGUGCAAACGAGCGCGUGACGGCAUCCAGGAAAUCGACGAGCUCGAUGACGUCAUUGAGUACCAUCUGUGAUGUCAUUGUCAUUACUACGCGCUCAGCUCUGACCUCAUCUUGCCAUAUCGUACUCGUGCAGGCGAGCGUGUGACGGCAUCCAGGAAGUCGAUGAGCUCGACGAUGUCAUCGAUUACCGUCUACGAUGCCAUCGCCAUGGCUAUGCGCUAAGCUCUGACCUCGUCUUGCCGUAGCUUCGAGGUCUCCUUGCAGUUGUCAUAAUGUCCGGCACGUACUUCGUAACGGACGAAUCGUUUUGGCUAGUCGCGUUCCUGUUUCACACACUAACAAAUCUCUACAUGUGCCCUAGUGUAACGCACUCGCACACGACGCUGCCGGUAAUGUACUGAUCUGUGCUCGCUCAGCUUUGCUGCUGCCUAACCCCGUUGAUACACGCACACGUAGCUUCUAGCUGCAGGGGUGUGCUUGCGUCAAUCUCCUCUUCUUCUUUUUUUCUUUCUCUCUCUCUCACUCUCUCUCUCCGGUAUCUUUCUCCAAGCUGGCUUACUCUCGCUGGAGUUGGCUCUCUUCUGCCCUCAUUCUGUUUUUUAAAAUAUUUAUAUUGCGUAUUCGUUUCAGAUUGAGUUUUUAAUUCUGUUCGGAGUGGCUGCUGGCAGCUACGCCUGUACCAAGACUGAUUCUUCUUGUUUUACUGACCUCAUAACCCAACACAAUUAUAAUUAUACGUGUUCAUGUAAUUUAAAUCAGCACCCGAUGCCAGUGCACUUGUACUGUCUCAAUGUGCAUCUGUAAGGGUGUGCAACGCGUCCGUCUC